AUGCUCGUCCGACAUGACCUCUCUGGGCAAGGGCCAAACCCAUUCUUUCAGGCCUUUGACGUCCCGUACGACCCCAAUCUCCCGGUCAGCUAUCUGUUCAGCCUCGUCGGCGAGAAACGGAAAUGGAAGCAAGGGUCCAAGUGCUGGAGACGGAAUUGGAAUAGGUGCAUGGCUUACGAAUACGAUCGCCUGAUUGGAUUCUGUGAUACCAAGCUGGAGAAAUGGCAAGAGAUAUGCCGCCAAGUUGGCAUCAAGGAGAUUCUCCCUUCGAUCAACAGGUGCAAGAAGGCCCUCGAUGGGAUUCGUGUCAACAUCGUCGAUGUCCUUGACAGCUGGAAUACUGACAUAAUUCCUCGUCACUUCGCCAAUGAUCGUCAACUCGCCGACUAUACCUUGACGAACAAGAAAACCAUCAACCGCAGCAUGCCCAAGAAGGACAAGAUCUUGCGUGUCCUCCUACGCCGCCUGACCUAA